GAGAGGUGGAGCUGUCACGUGACCAAAUAUUGCGAUAACAGAGUUCCUGGAAUAACAAAACAAAUGUGACAGCUGAUAUGAGAGAUGUUGUGUUCCCGAAUGUCAGUUGGUUAGAUGAAAUCUUACAUUGUUGUGAAGCUCUUCACAGUGGACGUAACCUGAAGACUGUGAAGGGAAGGACAGAAUCGCGGACCAGAGAUGGAGGCUGUAAGACCAAAGAAGACAAAGUCGAAAAGCAGCUCAAAGCAACAGGGCAGGAAGCCGAGGCAGCAGGAGGAGGAGGAGGAGGAGGAGGGGAGAGGGGCCACAGCUCCCCCUGCAGUGUGUGAUGAGGAACCUCCCGCUCCAGCGGCACCUCCGGAUGCUGAGUUUUCAGACGUCCCCCUCAGCCUGCCUUACGCGGGCUCUGGGGGCGUGGAGGGGGAGCUGGCCCCCAUCACAGAGCCUGCCUCACAGGCAGCCUCAUCCACAGCCCCGCCUCUCCCCCUGGCCUCACAGGCACCCUCCUCACGCCCGCUGUCUCCAUCCACCUCACCACAGACAAUUCAGUCGUCGUUGACGUUGUCGCCAGGGUUACCGCACACGGCCGACCAGCCGUCCGAGCUGACGGUUGCCCUGGAACCUCCCAAGGUGAUGAGAGGAUCCCUGGCCCUGGAGAAACCCCCAGCCCCCAGCGCCCCAGCCCUCUACCCCUCCAUUCCCUCGCUGGAGGAGAGCCCCGGGAUGCAUCUCCGCGAGGAGGCCCAGUGGGCCUGCAGGACGAGGGGGCCGGCCGUGCUGGCGUUGGCAGAGCAGGAGUCCUCUCCCCCGAGUCUGCAGCCCGUGGAGAUGUCAGCACCAGAGCUGCCCAGAUCCAGACUGUACCCAGAGCUGCCCCAGCUGCCCCCUGAGACACAGGCCUUCUCCCUGGAGCAGCUGCGGGUGUGGGAGCCGGCGGGGGGGCUGUGCGCCUGGCUGGAGGGGGCGGAGGCGUGCGCCGGCCUCUUCGGCGCGGCGGCGCGUCAGGAGGGCCACGCCCUGACGGAGCUGCUGCAGAGCUACUGGCGCUGCCGGCGGCAGCUGAGCCAGUCGCACACCCAGCUGCACGCGCUCACCUCCGACUGCAAGAGCACGCAGAGCCGCCUGUGGAGCUUCCGCGACGAACAGCUCACCCUGCAGAGCGUGUGCGCGGACCAGUCCAAGGUGUGCGGCUACCACCGCUUCCAGCAGGCCGACUUCAGUGAGUCCGUCCUGGCAGAGCUCAAGAGGCUGUUCGAGGUGCGCGCCGAGCUGCUCCACCAGAAGGUGGCGCUGCACGCCUACACGACUCUGCUGUCGCGUCUGCAGGUUGAAUCCUACCUCUACUGCUUGCUACAAGGUAAAAAGAAAAAAAAACACACGCACACACACAGUAUCUCUCUCUCUCUUUGUCUCUCACAAACACAUUUUUAUACAUUGUGUGUGUCUCCAGCGUGCUCCGAUUCCCAGGGACAGCCCUGCUCGCUCCAGCCCCUGAAAGAGGCCAUCAGUGUUCUGUUCAGCUUCACACGGAGAGUCCUGGACGACGCCCAGUUCCAGACAGACAUCCACAACUGGCUAGAGAGACUGGUGGCAGUGCUUCUCCGGGGGGCACCCGAGGAGCACCUCUUCCUCCUCAGCCACACGCUGUGCUGUCCAGCGGGGGUGGGCAAGUGGGCCGCCCCCUUCCUCCAGAUCCAGGUUUUAGGGAACUCCUCUGGUGUGAAGAACUUCAUGCAGGCCCUGGCUAUCCUCAUGUCCCCUGCCAGGCACCGUGCAGAGUUCCUGAGCCACAUGAAGCCCUGCGAGAGCCAGACCUCUGCCGACUCGGGCCCCGAGUCAGGCAACUGGACGCUGGUGGACGAGGGGGGCGAGGAGGAUGAGGACCCGGACAGCAGCUGGCUGUUGCUGUGUGAAGAGGACCUGAUCUCCCUCCUGUCCCAGUUCCCCUUCCAGCAGCUCUACGCACACAUGCUGGGCAUGAGCAAGCAGGGUGUGUAUGAGCCCCGGGCUGUGUCCAGUCAGAAGAUGAUGUGUGUGUUUGCCUUCGCCUCUUCCCUGAUCGAGCUCCUGGCCGUCGGCCUGCGAACCUACAACAGAGCCCGCUACCGGCAGCUGGUCAAACGCAUCGGACACACCAUCCGGAUGACGGUGUGCUACGUCAGUGACCACUGGGCCCAGUACGUGAGCGUGAGCGGCUCUGCCCGGCCCCCGCCCACACGCGCGCACGCGCACUCUCUCUCCCAGGAGAGGCUGCAGCGGGAGUACGACCACCUCUUCCUGCGGGCCGUUCUGCACGUGCUCAGAAACAAGAGGCUGGGCAUCUGGUUGUUCAUGUCUGAGAUGCCGUACGGCACGGUGUCCAGCUCCAUGCUGUGGAGGGUGCUCUACGUCAUGCAGUGUGCCGAGACCGCAGGACUGGACACGCUCUGCUCUGCCGACAACACACACAGCUCUCUGCAGGCCCUCCAAGAUCCAGAACACCAGGAGAGGUUUGAGCGCUGGCUGUGUGAGGUGAACAGCUCUGACGGCAUCUCUCUCCUCACCGCGCUCGCCCACAUGGCCACGCCCACCCAGCACUCUGACCCCGCCUUCAUCACCACCAUCACCCUCCUCAUCUACCAGGUGUCCUAUGUCAGUGUGACCACCAGAGAGAUCUACUCCAAGGUGGGCAGAGAGCUGCUGGCUGCCAUAGCGACAGCCCAUCCUUUUAUCAUCUCAGUGCUGCUUGAGAGACUCAGAGAGACCAUCCACUCCGUGGGCAUGGUGGCGCUGUACCUGUGUAAGGAGCUGCCUCUGAGCCUGUGGCGCCCCCCGGAGGAAGAGGUGCGUGUGAUCGGGGUGUGGCUACUGCAGCACCCACUGUCUGCCGUGGAGAACAGGCUGGCCUGUGUCAUACUGGAGGGGCUGGACUGGGGAUACGCACAGGACGGGAGCCUGGUCCUGGCCCCCUCCCUCCACAGUGAGGUGGCUCUGCUGGUGUGUGAGGCCUACCAGAAGUACCUGACAGACAAGCCCUACAGUGGCCUCAUCUCUGAGGGCAUCAAACAGGUAUCUUACCUGGCCAGUGUUCUUCGUCUGGGCGUGUCCCCCGAAGCCUCCUUCAGCCAGUGGGCGUGGCAACUGUUGCUAAGACUGAAGCUCCACAGCAACGCUCGAAACCCUCAGGCGGCCUGGUCCGCCCCCGGCUCCGCCUCCCACCCCUCCCCCGAGCUCACGCACGCUCCCAGCAUGCACUCCGUUCUCCGAGCGGUGAAGGGGGGCAUUCCGAUUGGCUGCUACCUGACCAUCGCCAUGACCACCGUCGGACACAGUCUGGAACACUUCUGUUCAGAGGGAGUGUGUCUGCUGAGGAGUCUGAUCCAGUCCAGACACCUGAGAGCUGCUGUCCACCUGCUGGACCACAUCCUGCCUCCCACCUACCCCCUGAGCUUCUACCUGCUCAACAACACCCAGUUUGUGGACUGCGUCCAGCUCUUCCUGCAGUGUGACAGUGUGUGUCCCCAGGGCGUCACCCAGCAGGUCACCCACAGGGUGGCGCCCCUCCUCACUGGAGCAACCUACGGGGACAACGUCCGCCUGCUCAACAGCGUCAUCCAGAACCAUGCGGUGGAGAGUACCAGGCCAGGCCGUGUGGGCGCUGUGGCGGUUCUGGAGUUCUGGGUGGGGAUCCUGACCCAACAGAACCUGUGGUACCGAGACAGAACGGUCCUGUUCCUCAUGGACCAGAUCUGCCGCUCCGCGUUCUCACACAACCAGGAAGAGUGUGUGCAGAAAAUACUCUACCAGCAGCACAAGAAUGCCUUGGGUUACCAUGGAGACCGGGGUCUGCUCUCCUCUCUGGUUGGAUGGAUUUCCGGGAAUGCCACGCCCUCUUUCAUCGAGGGCCAAUCACUGAGCGGAGAGGUGUGGUUUGCGUGGCUGGUGCUGAACAUGGAGGGGAUGUUUGAGGAGGACUCUCAGCUGAGGCGCUGUGUGGAGAACGAGCUGCUGUCAGACACCAGCCUCACCCCGGACCAGGCCCUCAAGAAGUCCCAGCAGCGUCUGAAGCUCCCGGUCGCUCCCUCCCUGCAGAGGAUGCAGGUGUACCGGUGGGCGUGUCAGGCUCUAGCCACGCCCCCUGACCACCCCAUCCUCCCGCUGGUGUGGCAGAAGUUCCUGCAGCUCUACCUGAGACAGCCUGGACCUGAGUAUGGGCUGGAUGCGGCCGGCUGUAUCGGCCGCAGGUUCUUCCAGGCCUCGUCGCAGGCCGGUCUGCUGAGGGAGCUCAGGCAGAGGCUCCAGGAGGUGUCGGACUUCCACCACGCAGCCAGCCAGGCCCUCAGGGUCCCCCCCCCCGCUCACACCCCCUCCCCAGACCCCCCGGGCCAGGGGGAGGAGAACCCCGGCGGCGGCCCCCUGCCCCCCUACCUCACCUCCCCCCAGCUCCACACUGAGCUGGUCAGGUUGUUUGGUGUGUUUGCCGUGUGGUUGGAUGACGACACGCUGCAGAGUAAGGAAGUGUACCUGCCGUCUCUGCCCCAGCAGUACGACCCCCACAGACUGGCCAAGGUCAUGCAGCGACACCAGGAGCUGUGGCUGGAGUACGUGGACCAGGAGAGGGUCCAGUACGAUGCAGAGGAGGUGCUGGCUCUCUGGGUCAAGGUUAGGAGUGAACCCACCACCCUCCAGACCAGCCAACAGGCCUUCACUGACUGCACCAGCCCCAGUACAGCGAGGGAGCGCAUCCUGUCGAACCUCCAGAAGCACCCGGUCCCUCGCGGGGCUCCGCAGCAGCAGCAGCACAGCCCCCCCGUCCCCGAGGUGCUCCCCUCCUGCCUGAGUCGCCCCAGCGCCGCCCUCAGCCUGCUGCAGCAGGACCUCAGCACCCUGCAGGACCAGGCCCGGUUUGCGGUGUCGCGGGAGGCCCAGCAGGUGGCGCUGGAGGGAGAGCUGCUGGAGAGUCUGCCUCUGCUGUACAAGAACAGACCAGAGCAAGUCAGCAUGGCGCUGGAGUGUCGAGGCAAGGCAGGCCAGCCCUGUCAGGGAGCAGCGCAUGUUACUGUCACGUGUGAGUGCGUGCAGAAGCAGGAGGCGGUGCAGGUCCAGAUCACAUCUCUGCGGAGCGACGUCAAGAAGCUGCAGACGGAGGCCAUGACUCCGCCCCCUCAGAGCCUGGCUCAGGCCGCCGUGCACACGGAGAACUUCAUCACGGCUCUGGUGAACCUGUACAAGGCCCGCCCCUCCCCCGCGGUGCAGAGUGUGGGCGUGGCAGCGUUCUACCAGGUGGUCUCCUUCGUGUGUGAGGACACCCUCCGUCACCCCCCCACACGCCAGUACCUGUCCUCCUGCGUGGAGAUACUGGGACAGGUGUUCAUCCAGGGCACGCAGGCAGAGUGUGGCCGUGUCCUGAGCACCAUCCUGGACCAGAGGCGCCUGUGCCCCCUCAUCUCCCCCUUCUUCACCCCCAACGCCGCGCCCAAUCAGCUCGUCUCCCUGUACCAGGACGUGGUGACGUCACUGCACCCCGACAGUGCUGAUGUCAUCUUCAUGCUGCUCACCAAGUUUGACCUGUCCCUGUGGCUGAGCGAGGCCCAGCCGGUGUUUGGCGAGCGGACCCGUCUGCUGGAGCUGGUCCACGGGGCUCUGUGUGUGUGCGGGCGAGAGCCCGACCCAGAGCUGCUCACGCCCUUCCACCUGUUCACCCGCCACUGGACCCUGCUGCUCCGACACCACUUCCCUGACCACUACAGCGACUGCCUCCGCCUGCUUAUGACCAGCUGCUCAGACCAGUUGCUGAGUCCAGAGUGUUGGAAGGUGACACUGCGUGCUCUGGGCUGUUCCGCCCCCCUCCGCUCAACCAGCACCUCCCUCGCCCCCCCGCGCCCCCCGGCCGACCCCCCAGCUCCGCCCAGCAGAGCCCCCAUCAGCCUCUCCCCCCAGCUGCUGGAGGAAACCGUCGAUUGGCUGAGCGACUACUUCCUGCGGAGUCGUCUCAGUAAGGCGAACCUGCGCAGCUUCGGCCUCUACUCUGCCUGGACGCCCUACAUCAGCGAGGUGGCGACCUUCUGGGGCCAUCUGAUUGGCUGUCUCAUCAACCUGCAGUUCGGCGUUUGCGUCAGGGAGCCAGUAGGGAGCAGCAGAGUCCUCAAAGGUCUUCAGGAGCUGCACAGUAAGAUGGUGAGACUGUUCAAGCCCUGGAUCCUGGCUCUGGACACAGAAGAUCCCAGUCACCCCAGGUGUUACCCAUGGCUGGAGUCAGACGCCAGUGCAGCGGCCUGCCUGAUGGGGCUGUACUGCCAGCUGACAGACACACUUCACUUCAAGUUCAGAGAUCGCCUGCUCCCAGGCCAGAGGGGGCCUCUGUGGCUGUGUGCGAUGCAGUACUGCGAGAGCUGCACCUCCCCGCGCACCCCGGAGUACCUCCUGUACCAGUACCACGCACACCUCCGCCCCCUGCUCUGGAGGCACCUCCACCCCGACACGCAGCUCAUGGAGCAGCUCUUCAACGUGGAGAGAGGAAGUCCAAAGAGCUGCUUCCUGUUCCUGGGGGAGGUGCUGUGUGAGGUCAACUGGGUCAGCGUGCUGAGUGACAGCUUACAGGCCCCGCCCGCUGGUGGGCUGUACCCCCCUGUGGCCCCCCCAGGGCCCCACACACACCCCGACACGCACACCAUGCUGGUCUACCUGCUCUACAUGCUGGUCUUCCUCACCAAAGAGGAGCCUCUGCUCAGCCAGCCAGACUCCCCCCUCCUGAAUCUAUUGGUUCAGUCCGCCUCCCUGCCCUGGCACCAGGUGGACCUGUCCUCUUACCAAGGCAUUCUGGGUUAUGUCGGCAGCCACUACCCUCCCUCCCUGCUCCUCAGCACUGACUCCGCCUCUCAGCUGCUGCUCCAAUCGCUGCGCAGUGCUGGCGGGCUCCAGCCACGCCCCCAUGGGACUCCACAAAGGGAGGAGACGGAGAAGGCCGGGCUGUGUGUGUGCUGGUGUGUGCAGAGCCUGGUCUCUCUGGAGCAGGGGGGCAGCAUCAGCCUGGGCAGCCUGGAGACCCAGCUGGAGCUGCUGCUGGAGAGCACAGUGUCCUUCAGCCCUCCAGAGGUGGGUUUGGAGCAGAGGCACAUGGCCUACUGCAACCUCUUCUGUGAUUCGCUGGCUCUGCUGAACCGGGUGGGCGUGUCCACAGGAGAGGCUCUGGCGGCUCGUGUCAUUGGGUGGCUGGACAGGAAGGGGAGGGGCUUCCCAGUGCUGCCGCUCCUGACGGCCUCCUCCCGUUGCCUGGCAUCCGUGCGUCACAUGACGCGCAUCACGGAAGCCUGCAUCACGGCGUACUUCGCUCAUGCGGAGGAGGAGCCUGUGGGCUGGGGUCCCGUCCUGGCUUCCCUGCAAGUGCCCGAGUUGACGGUGGACGACUUCCUGUCCGAAAGCCAAUCAGGUUGCAGCUUCCUGACCCUCUAUGCCUUCAUACUGCAGCGCCUCAACAUGGAGCACACUGUAGCCAAUGACAGGAGGACGCUGGGCCUGCUCAACACGUGGACCAAUCAGGUGUUCCCCAGUGGUCCAGGGGACGAGGCCAAGCUGAUGCUGUGGUGGCACAAGAUCCUGACUGUGUCCGUGGAGCUGCUCCAGCAUCAGACGGAGCAGGGCGAGGCGCUGGCCGCCCUGCCCGGCCUCAGCAGGCUGCAGGCCAGGCUAGCCCUGCUGGGGGAGGAGAGGCUCAGCUCAGGCCUGCUGGCCGCCAUCGGACUGGGCCGCAGGUCGCCUCUGUCCAAUAGGUUCAGGGUGGCGGUCCGCAGUCUCGCUGCGUUCCUCUCGGUCCAGGUCCCGUCAGAGAGCCAGCUCCGUCUUCAGCCCGGCGCUGAGCUCCAGCUGUCCCCGAAAGCACAACAGUCCCUGGCAGUGUUGGAGGCCAUGCCCAGCAAUAAGCAGUACUCAGACCUGGAGGACUCUGUGGGGAAGGCCGUCCAGUUCAUCCGCUACCCAGGACACUGUCUGCGUGACGGGGCCACGCUGCUAUCCCUUCUAGCCAAUCUCCUGUACCCGGAACUCCGCUACCUCAACAUCAUACGCUAGCCCCGCCGACGCAUACAGCGCCCUCUAGUGAGCUGGAUGUCCCAGACAGCACUCUGUCCCAGCCCUGCGAAUACACUUACCCAGUUCAGCCGAUAUUUCAGUGUGGAAAUGGAUUGUGCCGGAAGGUCUGAACUGGAGAACCAUAAACUGACUGAACCAGACUGGACAAACUGGGGGGGCUUUUUUUUAAGUGAAAGAACUGGAAGUGUUGCUAUCAAGUACCAAGUGCUGAUGUUUUAACGUGUGACUGGAAACGAUCAGCUGUGUCGAUCAAACCGCUUGCACAAGAACGUGGAUCAAAGAAAGACAAUUGUUCUAUGCCUUUCUCUCUCUCUCUCUCUCUCUCUCUCUCUCUCUCUCUCUCUCUCUCUCUCUCUCUCUCUCUAACUCUCUCUCUCUCUCUCUCUCUCUCUCUCUCUCUCUUUCAAAAUUCAUGCCUGCCAUGUUGCUUUUCUUCUGCAAUGCUCUCGCCUAUUUAAAUGACUUCAGCUGAAUCUCCUCUGCUGAUAUCAGAAGUAUUUACGAGUGACAUCAUCACUAACUCUGAACUGGGAUCUGCCUCUGAUGUUUGAGUGUGACUGAGACGACCAUGUUUGGCAUUGGAACUGACUAGGUCAUCUCUGUCGGAUUGGAAGUGAGCAGUUGUAUCAGUUAUUUCCGAGCAUUUAGCGCCAGGAGUUUGAAGAAAAAACUAUGUGCCAGUGGAGCCCUGAGUAGAACCAGAACUGUGACAGUGACACUGAGGAACUCCAAACAUUCCUCAAAGAAUGUUCCAGUUCUCUUAAGCCUGUCGCCACAGUUCCAGAAAACGAGCUUCGUAGAUGUCGGGUUUUAGAGAGCCUACAUGGUCCUGCUGUGUCAGGGCCAAAGCUACAGUUUUGUAGAUCCUCACAACAUAUUACACACAUCUAACACGCUUGCAGACGCUUAAUUUAUGAUAUUUUAAACAGCGGUACAGUGUGUUAGGACUCUAGUCCUUUAUCUGUGAGACAUCAGCGUGUUAGUCCUCAUCAUUAUGAUUUUUGAAGAAAUUAUUCAUCCAAUCUUACUUGGUUUUCCUGACUGUUUGAGCUAUUUCACUGUACAGUUGUGUGGACAUGCCUUACUGCUUGUGUAAUGUGCUUCGGCUUGUGUGUGUGUGUGUGUGCCUGUGUGCGCGCCUGAAUUGGUCAGGUGUGUGUGUCCCUGGACAUGUGUUCCCCACCUGAACACUCCUACCUGAGUGUGUGUAGGCUACAUUAGCAGUUCAGACCCCUCCCCUCCCCUCGGCCCAGCCAGUUGGCCUGUACAUAUGACAGACAGAGGGGCUAUAGAACACAGCCAGUGGAUUGUCUCGGCACACUGGUGCAUGCAUGUAUAGGAUCUGCUCUGAGAUAAAUACUUCUAUGAAAUAAACUUUAGCUGAUUA